UCUUAGCUUUUCAUAUUGUGAAACUCUUGCUUGUACAAUUCUUGGGUCCUUUGUAGAGCUUAACUUAGUUUUUCUGGUGGCAAGGCAGCCUCUGAAAGACCUGGUUUUGGAUGCAGUGGGGGCAGGGCUGAGGGAUGCAGGUGGAUCCAUAUCUGUAUGGAUGUGUGUGAAAUGCAAGGAAGUCUUAGGAGACAAGGAGAUAGACAGAUAAGGGCCAGAGGGAGAGUAUGGCCAGGCCAGAGAGGAUUAUAGGGAGGACCCAGACAAGAGAAAAAGGGAGACUGAAAUAGGGAGAGAGGGAGAGGACACCGGAACAAAUGUGAGACGGCAAUGGGGGCAUUGGAGAGCUGGGUAACAGGAAGGCCAAGGAGGAAGGAAGGCUCACAUGGAGCAAUCUCCUCUUCCGGCUGGGGAACAUGGUCCAGAAAGCCCCAAGGCAAGCUGGGAGCAAAGCAAGGUUCAGGUUUCCACUGGACGGAUUCAGCUGGGGAAGAAACCCCCUCAGUCCCCACCUCCCCUGCCUCUUCAGACUCCCAUUUUGGUUUGGGGGAGAGGGCGAGGCUGCUCCUCACUGCGGUCACAGCCACAUCCUGCAGAGCAGGGGAGGGGGAAGUAAGAAGCAAAACAAUCAGAAGAACCACAGGUGAAGACCAUGGGGAGAGAACCCUGGACACAUGGAGCUGAUAUGCCGCCAAGAAGGUCGUGAGUUCAGUGUAGCAGAAGGCUCAGACCUUCAGGACUGCCUGCCGUUCUUGAGUGACUGACCACAUACCCCACUCUCCAGGACCCAUGGAGUCCUUCAGCUCAAAGAGUCUGGCACUGCAAGCAGAGAAGAAGCUAAUGAGUAAGAUGGCGGGUCGGUCUGUGGCUCAUCUCUUCAUAGAUGAGACAAGCAGUGAGGUGCUAGAUGAGCUCUACCGUGUGUCCAAGGAGUACACGCACAGCCGGCCCCAGGCCCAGCGCGUGAUCAAGGACCUGAUCAAAGUGGCUGUCAAGGUGGCUGUACUGCACCGCAAUGGCUCCUUUGGCCCCAGUGAGCUGGCCCUGGCUACCCGCUUUCGCCAGAAGCUGCGGCAGGGUGCCAUGACGGCACUUAGCUUUGGCGAGGUAGACUUCACCUUCGAGGCUGCUGUUCUGGCUGGCCUGCUGACGGAGUGCCGGGAUGUGCUGCUGGAGUUGGUGGAACACCACCUCACGCCCAAGUCACAUGGCCGCAUCCGCCACGUGUUUGAUCACUUCUCUGACCCAGGUCUGCUCACAGCCCUCUAUGGGCCUGACUUCACUCAGCACCUUGGCAAGAUCUGUGAUGGGCUCAGGAAGCUGCUAGAUGAAGGGAAGCUCUGAGAGCCCUGAGUCUAGCACAUUCCACUUUGACAAAAUGGCUGACUGAGAAAACACAGAUAAUGAGCUUCCUAACCCUGCUCAGCUGCCACUAACGCUUUUCAAUCUUCAGGCUUCAUUCCUUCCCAAGAGUGCUUCUGACUCUGAGACCAGCCCAUCCCCAAACAGCUGGUGGAGAAGGAGCAAUGCUGAGGGGUGAGGCCUCUCUCCCACUCCAGCCCCAGGACAGGAAACAGAACUGCCUGAAAAAGGUGAAGUGAAACUUGGAUCUCUAUUUCUCCCAUAAGGGACUUCUGAAACAGGGAAGCCCCCUCCCAUGUGAACCAAGGAAAGAAGGCACAGCCCAGAGAACCCCUUUGGGGACACUAAAGACAGAAGAGGGGAAGGUGGCCCUUAGAAACAGAGCUUGGACAGAUGCCAGAGGCUCUGUUCCAGAGUGCAGGAGGAAGGGGCUAGGGCAGGGGAGAUUCUCACAGGGGAAAUAAAACUACUAGAAUAUG